AUGGAGCCAUCGGAUAGGCUAGCCUCGGACCAGAAUGUAACGCAGUUCGUUCAGUCGUUCAUAACGAAGGUAGUGCAGGAUAUCGAGGUAGCUUUUAACCCGGCGCAUACUCAAUCUCUCGACGAUGGCGCGUUUGACCUGGCAGUAGCACCCAUAAACUCGGCAGCCACCGACGGAAGCCUAGUCGAGGAUAAGGACAUGCUAGACGUUAAGUACUGGGACGUAAACAUGCUUGCAGGCUCAGUCGCCGACCCAGCCAAGACCUUAGGCGGAGACGGAAAAGUAGUAACCGUGAAAGCCGGCGCGACUGCCGCUGUAGGGCUUCCUUCAGCCGCCGUAGCCACUGUUCCCGCGGGUUCUAGCGCAAAUGGCGGCGGAAAUCCCGCGGGAGCCAUGGCGGGAGGCGGAGUGAUCAUUCCUGACGUGGAUCCGGAAAAGGAAGGGGAAUCGGAGGUGAAGAUAACGAACAAGCUGCGGCGCGAUGCGUUCCUGGUGUUCCGCGCGCUGUGCAAGCUGUCCAUGAAGGCUCCCCCUGCGGAGGGGGUGGUGGAUCCGUUCGCCGUGCGCGGCAAGGUGGUCUCGCUGGAGCUGCUGAAAAUCUGUCUCGAAAACUCCGGCGCUGUCUUUCGCACCAAUGAGAGGUUCGUGGGCGCAGUGAAGCAGUACCUGUGCCUGUCGCUGCUCAAGAACUGCACCUCCUCCCUCAUGUCCGUCUUCCAGCUCUCCUGCUCCAUCUUCUUCUCCCUCCUCACGCGCUUCCGCUCCGUCCUCAAGGCUGAAAUCGGCGUCUUCUUCCCCAUGAUCGUGCUGCGCGUGCUGGAAAACGUGGCGCAUGCCAACUUCCAGCAGAAAAUGAUCGUGCUGAGGUUCCUGGAGAGGCUCUGCGUGGACCCGCAGAUUCUGGUGGAUAUCUUUGCCAACUACGACUGCGACGUGGAGUCGACUGUCAGCAUCUUCGAACGGAUGGUGAGCGGGCUGCUCAAGACAGCGCAGGGAGUGCCGCCCGGGGCGGACUCAACACUAAACGCAGCCCAGGACCAGCAGCUGCGCCUGGCCGCCAUCAAGUGCAUGGUGGGGGUCCUGCGCUCCAUGGGCUCCUGGACCAACCGCCAGCUCUGCGUCACCGCAGGCCCCAAAAUCGCCGCGGAAAUCGGUGCGGCUGCUGCAGCUGCAGCUGCGUCGGCGGCAGCAACAGCAGCGGCGGCUGCGGCGGCAGGGGAAGGGCCGGCUCCUGUGGCUGUUCCGGAUCUUCUGUCUGGGGAUUUGCUUCCGGAUUUUGUGAAUCCCAGGACGGGGGUCUUGCCUGUUGCGAAAUCAGAGGAGGCUUUGGAGGAGGAGGCGCUUGGGGGGAUGCCUGCGGCUGGGGCGAGCAGUGGAAAUGAGAUUUCGGAAGCCUCGAUCCUGGAGCAGAGGCGGGCGUAUAAGCUGGAGCUGCAGGAGGGGAUAAACCUGUUCAACAAGAAGCCGAAAAAGGGGAUAGAUUUUCUGAUCAAGGCGAAGAAACUGGGGGACGGUGCGGAGGAGAUUGUUGCGUUUCUGCGCAAAACAGAGGGGCUGGAUAAGACGAUGAUUGGAGAUUUCUUAGGGGACAGGGACGACAUGAGCAUCAAGAUCAUGCAUGCUUACAUGGACUCGUACAACCUCUCUGGAAUGGACUUUGAUGAGGCUAUUCGAUCGGUGCUGCUGGGGUUCAGGCUGCCAGGCGAGGCACAGAAGAUCGAUCGCAUCAUGGAGAAGUUUGCUGAGCGCUACUGCCGCUGCAACCCCAAGGCGUUCACCAGCGCCGAUACUGCCUACGUGCUCGCUUACUCUGUCAUUAUGCUCAACACCGAUGCGCAUAACCCAGGCGUCAAGACAAAGAUGAGCAAAGCAGACUUUCUGAAGAACAAUCGCGGAAUCGAUGACGGGAAGGACAUACCAGAGGAGUUUCUGGGCGGGCUGUACGACCGCAUCACACGGAACGAGAUCAAGAUGAAGCCGGAGAUCCUGGGGCCGGGCGGAGUGGCGUCCAAGGCUGCAGUGAACAGUGCGGCGGGCAACGCGCUGCUGGGGCUGGAAAGCAUUCUGAACCUCAUGUCGGGGCGCACACGGGCCACCACGGAGCUGGAGACGAGCGAUGAGGUGGUGAAGCACAUGCAGGAGCAGUUCCGUGCCAAGGCGGGCAAGUCAGGAUCCGUGUUCUAUGCAGCGUCAGACGUGCAGAUCAUCCGCCCCAUGGUGGACGUGGUGUGGGCGCCCAUGCUAGCCGCGUUCUCUGUGCCCCUGGAGACCACAGAGGAGGAUGCUGUCACGGAGCAGUGCCUGGAGGGGUUCCGCUACGCCGUGCACGUGACGGCUGUUAUCGGCAUGCAGAUGCAACGCGAUGCGUUUGUGACGUCUCUGGCCAAGUUCACGUCGCUGCACUCCGCGGCAGACAUCAAGCAGAAGAACGUGGACGCCAUCAAGUUCACGUCGCUGCACUCCGCGGCAGACAUCAAGCAGAAGAACGUGGACGCCAUCAAGUUCACGUCGCUGCACUCCGCGGCAGACAUCAAGCAGAAGAACGUGGACGCCAUCAAGGUGCGUGGUGGCUCGUCCAGCAGACCUCAAGCUGAAGAAUUUGGACGCCAUCAAGGUGGGGGUGGAUGGGUGGAUGUGUCACCUCCAACCACCCCAUUCACCUCCCGCUUUCCGCCGCAUCUUUUCCCCCUCGCCCUUCCCCCUUUGCACUCCUCCCUCGACCCAUUCCCCUACAUCCAGUUUCUCCUGCUAAUAGCAGAGGACGAUGGCAACUACCUGCAGGACGCGUGGGAGCACGUGCUCACGCGCUACUUUGUCCCCCUUCCCUUUUCUGUGUCCGUCCCCCAACCCCCAUUUCCCUUCUUCCAGUCCCUCCUGUUGGUGGCGGAGGACGACGGCAACUACCUGCAGGACGCGUGGGAGCACGUGCUCACGUGUGUGUCGCGCUACGAGCACCUCCACCGCAUCGGCGAGGGCGCCCCCACCGACUCCCACUUCUUCUCCACCCCGCCCCUUUCCCUUCCAUCCCUCCUGCUGGUAGCAGAGGACGAUGGGAACUACCUGCAGGACGCAUGGGAGCACGUGCUCACAUGCGUGUCACGCUACGAGCACCUCCACCUCAUCGGCGAGGGCGCCCCCACCGACUCCCACUUCUUCUCAGCCGCCCCCCUUUCCUGCCAGUCACCCUCCCUCAAACACAACCAACCCAUUCACCUCCUGCUCCCCUCCCCCCAUCUUUCCCCCUCGCCCUUCCCCUUUUUUUGCUCCUCCCCUCACCCAUUCCCCCCCAUCCAGAGCCUCUUACUAGUGGCAGAGGACGAUGGCAACUACCUACAGGACGCAUGGGAGCAUGUGCUCACCCUCCUGAUGGUGGCGGAGGAUGACGGCAACUACCUGCAGGACGCGUGGGAGCAUGUGCUCACAUGCGUGUCACGCUACGAGCACCUCCACCUCAUUGGCGAGGGCGCCCCCACCGACAGCCACUUCUUCUCUGCCGCGCCGCAGCUCCCCCCCCUCACCCAGCAGCAGCGCCCGCAGCCGUUGGACCCCCAGGGGAAGAGGGGCGGGGGGAGGGGGGUGGCGGCGGCAGCGUAUGGGGGCGGGGGGGGGCAUGGGGUGGGGGGAGGUGGGCAGAGGGAGAUGGGUGCGGGAGCGCAGAGGGGGAGUGCGGCGGACGCUGGAACGCCGCGGGGGCAGGCGAAGAGGUUUGGCGAGGGAGGCGAGGCUCCCGCCUGGAAGAAUGUAUCUGGGAAGAUGAACCAGGUGGAGAAGUUGGUGAGGCGAGGGUCAUACGACCCGCAGGGGGUGAUCAGCGGAGGGCACACAGGGGUGGGCGUGGGUGUGUCCCUCUCGCAUCUCUCCCCCGACCAGGUACAGCUGCUGGUGGCUAACCUGGGUCUGCUGGAGCAGGUGGGGUCUGACGAGGUCUCGCGCCUCUUCUCCCGCAGCGAGCGCCUCAACGGGCAGGCGAUAGUGGAGUUCGUUAAAGCCCUCUGCAAGGUGUCUCUGGAGGAGCUGCGCUCGCCCACGGAACCCAGAGUCUACUCCCUGACCAAGAUCGUCGAGAUUGCCCAUUUCAACAUGAGCCGCAUUCGCCUCGUCUGGUCGCGGAUCUGGGCCGUCCUUGCCGACUACUUUGUGACGGUGGGAUGCAUGCCGAACCUCUCAGUGGCCAUGUAUGCCAUUGACAGCCUGCGCCAGCUCGCCAUGAAGUUCCUGGAGCGCGAGGAGCUGAGCAACUACAACUUCCAGAACGAGUUCCUGAAGCCGUUUGUGGUGGUCAUGCGGCGCACCGCGAGUGUGGAGAUUAGGGAGCUGAUCAUUCGCUGCGUGUCGCAGAUGGUGUUUGCGCGCGUGGGGAAUGUCAAGUCUGGAUGGAAAAUCAUGUUCAUGGUGUUCACCACGGCAGCAACGGACGACAACAAGAACAUUGUCCUUCUCGCCUUCGAGACAAUCGAGAAGGUCGUACGAGAGUACUUCCCCUACAUCACCGAAACCGAAACCACCACCUUCACAGACUGCGUCAACUGCCUCAUCGCCUUCACCAACUCGCGCUUCAAUAAAGACGUCUCCCUUAACGCUAUAGCGUUCCUGCGCUUUUGUGCGCUGAAACUCGCCGAGGGGGACCUGGGGGCGACGGCACUGGAGAGGGAGAAAGGGCUGAGCCCCACUAAGGUGUCGCACCUGCCGGGGCAUCCUGAUGGGGAGGUGUUUACGGAUAAGGACGACCACCUUUACUUCUGGUUCCCACUCCUUGCUGGCCUGUCGGAGCUCACCUUUGAUCCCCGGCCAGACAUCCGAAAGAGUGCAUUGGAGGUUCUCUUCGACACGCUGCGCUUCCACGGCCACAUGUUCUCCGCCGCCCUCUGGGAGCGCGUCUUCGAGUCCGUCCUCUUCCCCAUCUUUGACUACGUUCGCCGCGCCUCCGAACCCCAGCACGGCGAGACUGGUGGGAUGAUGCUCGGAGCAAAGCGCGGCGGCGGCAGCAGAGGAGGAGGGGAGCGAGGAGGGAAAGCAGGGAAGGGAGAGGCGGGAGGGGUAGGAGGAGGAGGGAAAGGGGCAGAGGGGGCAGGAGCAGAUGGUGUGCCCAUCCACAAGCAUUCGCACCACAAGGGGGCGCCGCUUUCCCGCCACCCGUCCACGUCGGAAGACGAGCGGCUCCGGGCGGCGCGAAGCGGCAGUCCAGAUCCCGUAUCAGAACUUGAGAUGGAUGCCUGGCUGUAUGAGACGUGCACUUUAGCGCUUCAGCUAGUAGUGGAUCUCUUUGUGAAGUUUUACAGUAAAGUGAGUCCGCUUCUAGGGAAGAUUCUCGCGCUGCUGACGUCGUUCAUCCGCCGGCCACACCAGAGUCUAGCAGCGAUUGGCGUGGCGGCGUUUGUGCGGCUCAUGAGCAAUGCAGGGGGACUGUUUUCCGAGGAGAAGUGGGAUGAGGUUCUGAGAGCACUCAAGGAGACGACUGGAACAACCCUCCCUGACCUAGCUGGGGUGGUGAAGGCUGCAGAUUUGGAGGAUGAUGAGGAGAGGGAGAUGGAGCGGCAGCAGCAGAUUCGGGAGGCCAAGAGGUUUGAUUUUACGAGGGAGGAGGAUGAGGAGGAGAAGAAGGAGCAGCAUCAGCAGCUGGCUGCAGCGGUUGCAGAGGCAGUUGGUGCUGCUGCUGGGGGUGGUGGUGGUGCGGAUGGUGGGGGGGAUGGGGAUGGAGGAGAGGAGGGGGGAGUGGAGGUUAAGAGGCCGAUGACGCUUGCAGAAGCGGUGGCAGAUGUGCGGUGCAAGAUAGCAGUGCAGCUGCUGCUCGUGCAGGUGAGCCCUUGGAUAGCAAUACACCUGCUGCUCGUGCAGGUAAGCCCUCUGAUUAGUCAACUCAGAAGCCACCACUUUGGCAGAAGCGGUGGCGGAUGUGCGGUGCAAGAUAGCAGUGCAGCUGCUGCUCGUGCAGGUAAGCCUUCUGAUAGCAGUGCAGCUGCUGUUGGUCCAGGUAAGCCCAGUCGACUCAUCAGUCACCUCAUUGGCAGAAGCGGUGGCGGAUGUGCGGUGCAAGAUAGCAGUGCAGCUGCUGCUCGUGCAGGUAAGCCUUCUGUUUGUCAUGUGCUGGUGCAGACAAUUACUGAGAUAUCCAGCAUGCAGGGGGCAGCCGUCUCUGCUCCGCACACCCUCAUCCUCCUCGAUUCCCUUGUUCGCGGCUCUCAAAACCACGCAAUGACAGAGAUAUUCAGCAUGCAUGGCGCAGCUCUUUCCGCCCCGCACACCCUCAUCCUCCUCGACUCGCUCCACCGAGCAAUGACUGAAAUCUUUAGCAUGCACGGGGCAGCUCUUUCCGCCCCGCACACGCUCAUCCUCCUCGACUCGCUCCACCGAGCAAUGACGGAGAUAUUCAGCAUGCACGGAGCGGCCCUCUCGGCUCCGCACACCCUCAUUCUCCUCGACUCGCUCCACCGAGUCGGCACGCACGCCCACGCCAUCAACUCCAAUCGCCUGCUCCGCUCGUGCCUACAAGCCCUCCACCUGGCCACUCAGAUGCCCGACCCGCCGCUGCUGAGGCUGGAGAGUGAGGCGCUGCACGCGUACCUCAGCCUGCUGCAGCGCCUGCCCCGGGAGAAGGCUCAGCUGGCUAAGGAAGUGGAUGUUGAACUGAGGCUUGUCAUCCUCUGUGAAGAGACUCCAGGCCUGCAAGCCCUCCACCUGGCCACGCAGAUGCCCGACCCGCCGCUGCUGCGGUUAGAGAGUGAGGCGCUGCACGCGCCUUGGUCCACGCGCGCCUUGUGGCAGGGCUUGCCCAGCCUGCAAGCCCUCCACCUGGCCACUCAGAUGCCCGACCCGCCGCUGCUGCGGUUAGAGAGUGAGGCGCUGCACGCGUACCUCAGCCUGCUGCAGCGCCUGCCACGGGAGAAGGCCCAGCUGGCUAAGGAAGUAGGUGUGGAAUUGAGGCUUGUCAUCCUCUGUGAAGAGGUUCUCCGGGUACGUGCUUCCCGUUGUCUCCUUCUCUUCUUUCCUUUUCUUUGUCCGAGGUGGGUUUCCCUGUGCAUGGAAAGUAGGUAG